CGGGUCAUUAACCCUAUAUUAAUACAGGAGAGGAAAAUUGUGGGCGGUGCCAUGCAAGUGAGUGAGAAGAUUGCGGCGUUGCUAGGCGACAGAGUUGUUCUGUCUAGUCCUGUUUUGAGGAUAGACCAGGAGGAUACAGUUGCCAUAGUAACCACCCACAGCGGGCAACAGUACAGGGCCAAAUAUGUCAUCAGUUCUGUGCCACUGCCCGUUCUGCACAGAAUUCUAUUUGAGCCUCCUCUUCCAGCUAUGAAAUUACAGUUGGUGCAGAGGAUGACGAUGGGAUCUAUCAUCAAAACCAACACAUACUACCGGACGGCAUUUUGGAAGGAGAAAGGCUUUUCCGGAGAAGCACAAUCUGACAUAGGACCGGUCAGUUACUGUGUAGACGACACCAAACCAGACGGCAGCCAUCCUGCAAUCACGGGGUUCAUCCUAGCCGGACAUGCCAGAGAUGUAUGUGAGAUGUCCCCCGAAGAAAG